UCUUUAGCCUUCUUGAUCUUCUUUUAUUUCCCUUUUUAGCUUCUUCUUAACCUGCGCACCUGUGACUGCUUAUUUUGCGCACAUCUGCCAUGUCUCGGACCUUCACUAGUUCAAUCAUCUUGAUAAGAAUCUCACGUUACAGAGAAAGUCUUUAAGGGGGGGUGGAAAGAAAUCACAUAAGAGGAAGACCCAGAAACGAAAAUCGCCAUGGAAGGUCAGAAAAGCCAGGGGAAGCUUACGAGAACCCAAUCUUCUCUUCUUCGUUCUCCGCCAACUAUUCGAUCUUCAAUCCAUAGUCUCUCUUCUAUACGUGACGAAGAAGCCGCAGCAGAGGAAGAGAAACCCCACAAAUCGGUUUCAGGAGCUUCGACUCGUUAUCCGAAUCGUUGGAAUCGUCUCGUCCCUGUUCUAGGGAUGACGUUCUUGAGCUUAACUUUUUUCUUGUUCUUCUACUUCUAUCUCAGAAGGAAAGAGAUACCCACUUCAGAAAACUUGUUGUUGGGUCUUGUUUUCAUCGCUGUUGCCCUUUAUUUUGGUGGAAAGAAAAAGAGUUUUAUCAUCCAAACCUCAUUGAUUCUGAAACAGUGUUGGGAUGAGAAGAACAGGAAAUUGGGGCUUUCAAAGGGGAGAAACGAAUCAGUUGAGUGGUUUAUAGGCAACGGAGGAUCGUCUUCUUUCAAGAAAGAAAGGAAAGAUGAGAAGAUUAUUAGAGAAGGUGUAGAGUUUUACAGCAAUGGUGAUUUCUAUGAAGGUGAAUUUCACAAAGGGAGAUCUAAUGGGAGUGGUGUUUAUUAUUAUUUUGUGAAUGGAAGGUAUGAGGGAGAUUGGAUUGAUGGGAGAUAUGAUGGGUAUGGCAUCGAAAGCUGGGCAAGGGGGAGAAAGUACAGAGGACAGUAUAGGCAAGGUUUGAGACAUGGAUAUGGUGUUUACAGGUUCUAUACAGGGGAUAGUUAUGCAGGUGAAUGGUUUAAUGGGCAGAGCCAUGGUAUGGGAGUUCAGACCUGCUCUGAUGGGAGCUGUUAUGUUGGUGAAUUCAAGUGUGGUGUCAAGCAUGGCCUUGGUUGUUACCAUUUCAGAAAUGGAGAUAGGUAUGCUGGAGAGUAUUUCGGAGACAAGAUCCAUGGGUUUGGGGUCUAUCAAUUUGCCAAUGGCCACUGUUAUGAGGGUUCAUGGCACGAAGGUCGAAAGCAAGGUUUUGGUAUAUACACUUUCCGAAAUGGCGAUGCCAGAUGUGGAGAAUGGGACUCUGGCGUCCUCAAAACCCCCUUACCCCCAUUUACAGAUGCCGUUCUCCGAGCAGUUCAGUCAGCUAGAAAAGCAGCAGAGAAUUCAAUUCAUCUUUCCCCAGUGGAUGAACAAAUGAACAAGGCCGUCAUGGCUGCAAACAGAGCUGCCACUGCUGCUAGAGUUGCGGCCAUCAAAGCUGUUCAGAACAGAAUGGACGGGAAAUUUUGUGAUACGGGUGUUUAAGAUGCAAGUCUCCCCCUUGCACUGUAAUUUGACUGAAUUAUGUAUUUGAGAGGACAAAUCUCCUCUCCUGGUUGGCAAAGUUAGCCCAGAGAGAGAGAGAGGGUUAACAACAGUAGAUGCUGAUCUAUUUGAUCACACUGUAACAUGUACAUAGAUCCAUAUGUAUAUCAAUGAAAUGAAUUUUCAAGAGCUGUUUC